UAUUGUGUGGAUUGGGAAGUUAAACCGGAAUUCAAAGGUAAAUAUUAAUUACUUAUCUAGACUUUAUUUAUAUUUUAAUAAUUUAAUUACCCAAAUACAUAUUUUGUUUUUAUAGGGUGGUUACAAAAAGCUUCAGAAAGCCAAUGUAACGAAAAUGAUCUUAAGGAAGCAUAUUGUUCGAAGUGUAAAGUUGUGUUGCGAGCACAUCAUGGAGAUUUAAUUAGUCAUUCUAAAACAGCAAAACAUGUAGGAAAAAUGAAAAGUUUGAUAGUCGAAAAACAACCGCAACUGCAAUCUUUUGGUGUGUCGACAGUUACAAGAGAAAGAAAAGCUGUUGAAUUAAAACUUGCUGUACACAUUGCCACUCACUCAGCUAUUAGAAGCAUUGAUCAUCUUGUUGAUAUAUUGAAGGUAUCUGGAAAAGGUUCUUCUCUAGAAAAUUUGAGAUUGCAUCGGACUAAGUGUUCUAAACUGAUUAUUAAUGUUAUAUCACCUGCCAUACUUCAGCAGCUAGUUAUUGAUGUUGGUGAUAGUAAGUAUUCGCUAAUAGUGGACGAAUCAACAGACGUUUCUGUAUCAAAAUAUAUGGCAUUUUGCAUUAGAUAUUUUAGUAAGUCCAUGCAAAAUAUUACUAAUGAAUUCUUAGGAUUAGUAACUGUUGAACGCGCAACGGCAGACGCUUUACAAGACAUAACAUUACAAUUUUUAAAAGAUCUAAAUUUAAAACCUGAAAAUAUUAUUGGCUUAGGAGUAGACGGUGCUAGUAAUUUAUGUGGUCGUCAUCAUUCACUUUAUACCCUAUUACAAGAAGUUUCACCCAAUCUACAACUGAUAAAAUGUAUAUGUCAUUCGCUCAAUACCUGUUCGUCAAAAGCAUCUGAGGUUUUACCUGCCAGUCUUGAGUUCAUGCUUCGAGAAACUGUGUCAUGGUUUUCAUACAGUCCAUUACGGAAGUUAGAAUAUGCCCGUUUAUAUGAAACCAUUAAUGGAGAGGGAAAAAAACUAAAGCAGCUUGUUAAAUUAUGUCCAACAAGAUGGUUGGCAUUCUACAACUGCAUUAGAGUAAUCCUUGAUCAAUGGCUUGAGCUCAAAACAUGUUUUGAGAUAGCAGGAGCUAAUAGAAAAGUGUCACAGCGCACGUACACUUAA